AUGGACAAAAACCCAUCAAAAACAAGUGCUGCUAGUGCAGCAACAACAGAAAAAGCAACCACCACCACUCUACAUAAUACAGGCGUUAGUCUACAUAACACACGGGUAAGUCUACAUAAUGUUCGGCGUGUGCUACAAAAUUUUCUUCUCAUCUGGCUCGACGCCAAUAUUGAUGAGUCGCAAGAAGAUUUCAAAAAUUCAUUAGCUCACCUUCGACAUAUCGUAGCAUCGAUCACGACAUUUACAAAUGUUCAAGAAUGUACUGAUUUUCUUCGCGAAAUAGAAUCAGAAAAGGCAUUUAUGAUUGUUUCUGGUUCACUUGGACAACAUAUUGUACCAAAAAUUUACACAUGGCCACAAUUGCACUCAAUUUAUGUAUUUUGUAACAAUCGAUCGGUGCAUGAACAAUGGGCCAAAAACAUCUUAAAGAUAAAAGGUGUUCACACUAAUAUCGAGUCGAUCUGUAAGGCAUUACAAAAUGAUAGUGCACGAUGUGAUCGAGCAUUGAUCUCGAUCAGUUUUCGAGGCAUUGAUGCAUCUUUUAUGUACACACAAUUAAUUAAAGAAGCUCUCUUGGAAAUUAAUGAUGAUGAGGAUGGUGAUAACAAAUCUAUUAGAGAAUUUGCCGAGUACUGUCGUCUUCAAAAUGAUAUUGCUACAGACGAGAUUGAAAGCGUUGAACGUGAAUAUCAUCAACACACACCUAUUUGGUGGUAUACAGCACCAUUUUUUAUCUAUUCAAUGCUCAAUCGAGGUUUACGAUUGCUAGACGUUGACAUCAUUCUAAAAAUGGGUUUCUUUAUUCGACAUCUACAUCGACAUAUUGAAAAGUUACAUCGUGAACAACAAUCCAAGGGGAAAACAGCGAAAGUUCUAACAGUAUACCGAGGACAGGGUUUAUCUUUGCAGGACUUUGAAAAAGUUAAACAAACUAAAGGGGGACUUAUGUCAUUUAACAACUUCCUUUCAACCAGUCGUGAUCGAGAUCUUUCAUUGAAUGCCUUCGCACGUCCAGCAGCACUUCAGGAUUCUGAUUCAGUUGAGUGUACCAAAAGUUGGAAUCUCGAUGUUUAA